AUGCGGGAUGUGAACUCAAUUGACCUUGUUUGCAUAUUUGAAGAUGCUACGGACGUCGUGUGGGAACUUAAUAAAAUAGUGAAUAACUAUUGGAGAGGCCCGUGGAUUGGUUAUAGUAGCGCGCCGGAAGAAGUAAAAGACUUGUGGUGGAACGAGUUCAAGGCACAUGAUUUGGGGACCGAACCGACGUAUGCAGCUACAUUCGAACUCGUUUUUCAAAAGAAAGAUAAGACGUGGGUUGGCGACCGAGCGAAAUCUGUUAAGGUAUGUAAGGAAAAAUAUGAUGAGCUUUUAAUGAGUGCGGCUAGUGGCGGUGAUGGUGGGGAUGCGUCUGAGCCAGCAGCCGACAAUAUGGCAAUGUGGGUGGAGGCGUCGGGUGGGGUGAAGCGAGGAAAUAUAUGGGUGGGGGAACUUGUCAAGGGAAUUGGUCGCAAAGGAUGAUGGAAGUUCAUCCUCCAAUGCGGCUGCUUCAAGGAGGAGACGAAUCGAUGAGGAAACGGCACAACAAGUGAGCCGACCGACACUUUUGCUUGCAGAGAAGGACGAACAAAUGAAACGGCAAGAAGAACGAUUGUCACAGAAGGAUGACCAAAUCAGAUCUCUGCAGGCUCAAAUGACAAUGGUCUUGCAAACCCUCAACAUAAAUCCAGCUGAGGUUCCUCCUGUACCUCCGGCUAAUGAAAUAGGUCAUGGGCACAUCGAGGAGCAGCGCAAUGAUGAUGACAUUGACGCUGAGGAUCUUGUCCGUGAUUUAAUUCCAUAAACAACAUGUUUGCCA